GUUGUCACGUGCUCUCGAUUACUCGUUCCGGGAUGAACGCGGACCAGACCAGAUUCUCCGGACGGACGAGCAUAACAAACCGUGGACAUAACAGACUAUAACCAAAUCAAAUGAAGUUUUUCAGGCGGCAGACAUGUGAACUGAGGUCGUAGAUUUGCUGCGAGCACAAUAACGGGAGCCGCGCGGAGACUGAUGGGGGGCGCGUGACACUCCGGCUGGAGGAGGAGGAGGAGGAGGUGAAGAUGCUGAAGCCCAGCGGUAAGCCGGAGGGAGCUGCGAGGAGGGCAGACAGGGAGGACGAGGAGGCCGGCAGACACGAGGAAGAGUUAGAUCCACGAAUUCAGGAAGAGCUGGAGCAGCUCAACCAGGCCAGCGAGGAGAUCAACAGACUGGAGCUGCAGCUGGACGAGGCCCGGUCCAGCUACAGAAGAAUCCUCUCGGAUUCUGCCAGGAGGCUCAAAGCUCAAAGCUCCCAGCUUGGCGCCUGCACCGAGAGAGCACGGCCUUACUAUGAGGCGCGCAGGCUGGCUAAGGAGGCUCAGCAGGAAACGCAGAAGGCGGCGCUGAGGUAUGAAAGAGCCGUGUCCAUGCACGCCGCUGCCAGAGAGAUGGUGCACGUGGCUGAGCAGGGUCUGCUGGCGGACAAAAAUACCAUGGACCCCACCUGGCAGGAAAUGCUGAACCACGCUACAGCCAAGGUGAACGAGGCGGAGGAGGAGCGCCUUCACAGUGAGCACGAGCACCAGCGAGUCACUCAGCUCUGUCAGGACGCCGAGGCUCGUGUCCUGACGCUGCAGAAGGCCCUGAAGAAGGUCAUCCUCAAGUCCAAGCCUUACUUUGAGCUCAAAGCUCAGUUCAACCACAUCUUGGAGGAGCACAAGGCGGAGGUGGUGCAGCUGGAGAAGCAGGUGACAGCAGUCAAAACUCGAUACUCUGUAGCUCUGCGGAACCUGGAGCAGAUCAGCGAGCAGAUCCACGCGCAGAGGGGCCGCUCCGCCCCCUGCGACGGGCGGAGCUCCCCCGUUGGAGCCGAGGCAGAGGUGAAAGGGGCCUCUGCAAACUCCGGCAGCAGCAGCAGCGCAGGGGCCACCGCAGAGGAACCCAGCUGGGCGGACAUGGAGAAAACCCGCCUGUGGGUGGAGAAGCACAGAGAGAGUGGGUGGGGCAGGAGCGAAUCGAUGGAGGACUGUUUGUCCGUCGUCAAUCUGCUGACCAUCGCGUCAGACUUGGAAAAUUGCGACUCUGUGGAGCACCUGGAGGACCUGAGUGACAGUGGGAGCGUGUUGGGACCGCAGUGGGACCAAGAGAGGAAGCAGACGGAGGGAGCCGCCAUGUGGGAAGGCGUGGCUAAGCAGAAGAAUGUGGUGAUCCUCAGAGAGACGCCGGAGGGUUUUGUCAAACGGCACCAAAGAAGCGUUAGUCUCUGACAGUUUGUCUGAUGGUUGAGAGGUGAACAAGCCCAGCUGCUACUCAGUCCUUACGGCAGUGGUCCAAACCCCAAGUCACGGGUCGGUACCGGACCUACAUUAUUCCCGUUUAUCAUAAUCGGAUUCUGAAGGAAGUUUUAUUUUGAAAAACGACUGAAUUUUCCACACAUCAAGUCUCAUGGUCAUGAGUCAAAAAUACGACUUUCUUAAAAUAGCUGACAGAUAAAUUGAAACCCUCAAGCUAGAAAAGUUAGCAAAAAACAUUUAGAAAGUUUCUAUUUGUAAAAAAAAACUCUUGAGAGGAAACAAAAGAAGAACCCUCAACUUCAAAAUAAAAGAAAUCUGCAGAGAAAAACCAGGAGUCUUUACUCCAAAUAUGGAUUUACUGUGACAGUUAUUCCCACAGACUAUAACAAUAAUGCAUAAUAUUCAACAGGGUGUCUUAUGUUACGAGGUUGCUGCUAAUAAAGAUGCUCAAAUAGAUGCACAUUUAUGAUUAUAUUUGGAAAAAAUACUGUUUUAUUUAUUUUAUAUAUUUUUUUGGUUUGUGAUUUUGUAGCUUUCACUCAGACAGUUAUGGGCUGAGGGGAAAUCUAAAACACAUUUUAAUGUUUCCUAGAGAAAAGUUUAAACCAGCUGCAUAUGUUUUACAGAGGUUGAAGAUAAACUUUAUUCUGAAAGGGUGAGGGAAACAAACAAACAAAAAAAAAAGAUAUUGGACGCCCCGCUUCUGUCACAUACAGAUCAGUCCGUGAAAAUAUUGCCUGGCAUUAAACCGGUCCGUGGCUUGAGAAAGCUUGCAGACCACUGGCGCACAGGACAGUCUGGAGCAGCUUGAGCAUCGACGGAUUAACUUCUGGUAAAAGUUUUAAAACUGUAAAAAAAAGUAAUAUUUUUUUGUCAUUUCUAAAAAUGUAUGUGUUGUAUAGAACACUUGGACUGAAAUAUUUCAAGACUUUAUUUUUUGUGUUUUUGAUGAUUGUGGCCUAAAGAUAACGACAAACCCUAAAGUCCAAGAAACAAAAUGUAUUUUAGGUACAACUAUUAGAAUUCUAUGCUCCCAUAUGUCUCCUCUUUAUUCUUUAUUUGCUGCAUCAAAGUGCCGUUCGUGGAGUUGAUUGUCCUGAGGUACAGCAUGGAGGCUUCCAGGUCUACUGAAUUGUUGGGUCUCACCUUCCUCUUGAUAGCAGUUCAUGGAUAUUCUAUCAGAUUCAGAGGAGCUUCAAACAUGGUGAUUGGAGCAGCUUUUGUCAGUGUGAGCGUAUUCCAAGUCCUGCUGGAAAAGAAAGUUCCUCUCAGCAGAGGCAGCUUGAAGUGCUUUAACAUUUCCCGGUAGAAAGCUGCACUGAUUGCACUCAAGCAUCAUGUAUUCUGGAGCUCUCCAUUCCUCCUACAGACUCUUUGAUUUCCAAAUUAAAUGCAAAACUUACUUUCACCUUAGAAAAUUUAGAGAUACAGUCAAGCUCAGGUAGGACACUAAUGAUGGAUUCUGGAGUGGCUUAACAUGAAGAAUGUAACAUUUAUAGCCAAUAUCUAGUUUUGAUUUUCUGUGGUGACUCUUGAAGCACUAAUUCCAACCUUAGUUUACUCCUCGUGAUGUUUCAAGCUUAUUGACCCAGACUCAGACCAAUAAAAAAAAUCAGGAAACCUUUGCAAGUGUUUUUUUUUUUUGUCACAAGAUUCCAAUUUUCUCAGAAACUAAAGUUUUAUUCUUCAUUUCUUGUAAACCAUAAUGAUCAAAUUUACAAGAAAUAAACAUUUCAAAUAAUAAUUAUAUAGAGAAUUAUUGGAGUUACACUUCUAAGAUUUACUGACAAAAAUAUGAUCUUUUUCAAUGUUUUUGUAAGUUGCAUCAAAGUGCAACAAAGUAUUUUUUUUACUCCACUCCCUCGGAUUCCAACCCUACCCUGUUACAUCUGGUGUGCCUCAGGGCUCCAUACUGGAGCCCUUAAUCUUCAUUAUUUACCUCCUACCCCAUGGCAAUAGCGUCCCUAAACUCUGUAUACGUUUUCAUUGCUAUGCCGUUAACAUGCAGUUCUAUUUCUCCAGUCAAUCCUCUCUUAUCACUUGACUUUCACAAUAAAAUCCUGGUUUGACUCAAACUAAACAGUGACAAAACAGACAUUUUGAUGAAAAGUUUAAACUCUCCAAAAUUGACAGUUUUUCCUUUUCCAUUGAUGACUCUAUAGUGAAACUACUUCAGUCCUAUUUGUGUUAAGAUGUUUGAUGUAUUUUUAAAAAUCAGUGACCCAAACUUUACUAAAGAAGGAAUAAUACUUAAAAAUUUACUUUUUUUAACUGCAUGCAAACAGUGUAACAAGCUCCUACUUUUACUGUACAAACUUGUUUUAAACAUUGACCGCCAUAAACAAAAUCAUCAAUAAAUGAGAAAAAAUGGAAAUGAGA